AUGUGUUUAAUUAAAGUAAUAAGAGGAGUCCACAUAGAAGCCGCUCAUAUCGUCAAGAGAAGGAGUAUAGACCAGCCCCUUAGAAUUAGCAUAGUUUAUGAUCAUUCAGUAUAUAGAUUAGAGGAGGAGAAAUUCGAUAUGAUCAAUAACACGAUACUACCAGAAGCUGUUAAAUUCUGGGAGCAAGCGUUGAAGGUUCGGAAAACUGGUGGUCCUAUCAGGUUGAAUAGGUAA